CGGAAACACUUGCUCGACGGAGUUUUUACUUCCUUGUUGUGUAGUGGACGCUCACAGCGUUACAGCAUGAAUUUAUUUCAUUUAUUUAGCCUUUUUGCAGCAUAUGUAGUUGCUGACAGCGUUAACGUCGAGAAUAGUGUGGGGCAAUUCUUCAGCAGCGGUCAUACGAAUAACUGGGCUGUUCUGGUGUGCACCUCCAGAUUCUGGUUCAACUACCGACAUGUGGCCAACACUUUGUCUGUGUACAGAAGUGUUAAGAGGUUGGGCAUCCCUGACAGCCACAUAGUUCUCAUGUUGGCUGAUGACAUGGCUUGUAACCACCGAAAUCCCAAACCGGCCACAGUGUUCAGUCACAAGAACAUGGAGCUUAACGUGUACGGUGAUGAUGUUGAGGUGGACUACAGAGGGUAUGAGGUGACGGUGGAGAACUUCCUGCGAGUCUUGACCGGACGACUUCCUCCCAGUACGCCACGCUCCAAACGYCUCCUUUCUGAUGACCGAAGCAACAUCCUCAUAUACCUCACAGGUCAUGGUGGGAAUGGMUUUCUGAAGUUCCAGGACUCGGAGGAGAUCAGUAAUGUGGAACUGGCUGAUGCGUUCGAGCAGAUGUGGCAGAAAAGAAGGUACAACGAGCUGCUCUUCAUCAUCGACACCUGUCAGGGCGCCUCCAUGUAYGAGAGGUUCUACUCUCCUAACAUCAUGGCCCUGGCCAGCAGUCAGGUUGGGGAGGACUCCCUGUCGCACCAGCCGGAUUUGGCUAUAGGAGUUCAUCUGAUGGAUCGUUACACCUUUUACCUGCUGGAGUUCCUGGAAGACAUCCACCCUGCAAGCAAAGCAAACAUGAACGAUCUGUUUAAGGUUUGUCCCAAAAGUCAGUGUGUUUCCACUCCGGGCCAUCGCACCGAUCUGUUUCAGAGGGAUCCAGGAAGCGUUCUCAUCACAGACUUCUUCGGUAGCGUUCGAAAGGUUGAGCUCACCACGGAGGCCAUAAACCUAACCGACCCCAUUAGGGAGCGAGAGGAGAGUUCUGUGAACRGAGACGAGCAGAAAGAGAUGUCGUAUGUGGACCAGCUGCCGGUGUCUGAGAUCAUCCAUCAGAAACCAAAGCAGAAAGACUGGCAUCCCCCUGAUGGCUUCAUCCUGGGCCUGUGGACUUUAAUCCUUCUAGUGUUUUUCAAGACUUACGGCAUCAAGCAUCUCAAACACAUCUUCUGAGGGUCGGCGCUCGCACAGCUGGACCUGUGAGGACUGGAAGACUUUACUGAGGGAUGCUGGGGUUAAGGUGCAGUUUGUCACGGGCUUACGGUGUUAUCUCACUGGACUGAGACUGUUGGGGGACUGAUGAUGUGAGAAAAUAUUCCUGCUGCAGUUUUAUUCAUUUCUGAGUUUACCAAGGCUGUGUCUCAGUUCAGAGGCUGCUUCCUUCRAAGUCCCACAAAAUCCUGAAAAUGAGGUCUGAGUAUCCUUUCCAGUCGAGGAUAUCCCAGGAUUCAUUGCACUGUCAGUAAACUAAACAAGUCGGUGUAGUUUGUUAAUCCAUCACAGACUAAAGAAUUUGUUUUUAAAUGUAUGUUUAGCAUCUGAGCUGAUGAAAUUUAAUCUGCACUAAGAUGUUAAAUAAAAUCCCACUUCAUGCACUGAUCGUGGAGCUAAACUCAAAUUAUUAAUGUUUUCUAUUUAUUUACCUGUAACAUUUUUUAUUUGUGAAGUUAGAACGCAGCAGCGCGGGGUCACGCAAAAAAAGACGUCACCUGAAGGCUGGACCGUCUCAAUUCACAGCCUCUGAAUCGAGACGCAGUCAGCCGGCGAGCUGAUCGGACAAUUUUUUAAUUUGUCAUCUUGUUUUUGUGUUCAUAGCUGUAUUCUUGGCUGUGAACAUUAUUUUGUUGCCCAAAAACUUUUAGGACGGGCAAAUGUGGUACCAUUUUCUGCAUGUUGAAUUGUAUUUUUUUUAAGACCUGGAUAUAUUUGUUUUGGUCAGAAAAUUGUUCCUGUUCAGGUUUUAAACAUGUUCACACUGCAAAAACUGUCCAUCUAACAAAGUGUUGCAAUUUUAUAUCCAGCUCCAGCUUUUAUUUGUAUUCUGGGGAUAAAAAGGGGCAGAUAUUAUA